AUGUGCAAGCCUAAUCUUCACUAUUUUGAGAAUGGCUUUUCAAAUCUACUGCCCUUCGCGUACAGCAGAACCAAUGAGGAACUCAAAGAGCUCAACAAGAGUCCUUUAUAUGGUGGUACUGCGUGUGCUGAAAAAAAUGACUGCGGGGGAAACUGCAUGAAGCAUACAUUUCUCGAAGUUUCAUGGAGUCAAUGUAUCAAGGACCCAAAAUUAUAUGUAUACGCUCACACCCAUCUAAUUGGUGAGCGUAAGACUGGGCUAGACCAAAAAAGACCACGUGGUGAAAAAAUGGAAUUCAAUCUGAUGAUAGAUAGCGAUAGCAGCUUCACAAUGGAUUUUGAGGAACUUGCGAAAUCAAAAUUUGACACCAAAAUAGAGACGAUUAGCUGCCUUCCAAAAGAAAAUGCCAUUGCCAAACCAACAACAUGGAAAAUCAUAAAAGGAGACCUGAAGGAUAAACAUCUGCUCGUUUUUCAUCUACUUCCGCCAAAUGCUACAAGAAGGUACGAAGGAGGCGAAAACAAGGGAGCACUUACGACAAAACCAAAAUGCGAUCUCUUCAUUCAGUUUAAAAGGCCAGCCUAUGAAUUUCUCCAAGUCGUCCCUCCAACAACGACUACAAGCACAACUACAACAACACGGAAACCAGACCCAGGUACCAAACAACCACCACCAUCACUACCACCCGGGAAAACAAUUCCAACUCCAACGCCACAAAAGGUGGACGGAACUACAACAAACGUGCAAGCAGCGGCCACCGAAGGAGGAAGCAGUAUCGUGAUUUGGAUAGCUGUGGUGAUUUCUGUGGUGAUUGCUGUAAUUGGCCUCAGUGUCGUCGGCUUCUGCUGUUACCGGAAACAUCAAAAGCAGAAAAAAGAAGAGGAGGAAGAAGAACGUUGGGAGAAGAACUAUUGGGCCAAUGCUGGAAACAACACGGAGAUUGCUGAACAAAACAUCAAACGCUCUGUCGCAGAAAAGCCUUCCUUGGAAGCAGAAUUCGUCGAUGAAAUCUUCGACAGGAUGCAUGCAAAGGAGGCGGUAAAGAUCGAAAAAAUUCUCAAAAAAUUGUAUCUGCCGGCAUUGGAGGAAAGAGGUUUCGAGGCAACUGGGACUUUCCGAGAGUGGCGGAAUAAGAAUGAUAUGUUCAAGAAAGGAGACGAGACUUCGGAAGCAUUCAACGGCAGAGUGGAAAAGGCGAUUGCGAAAAGGGACGAUAAGAGCAAAGUCAGCGAAUAUUUCAGCAAGCAAAAGGAGAAAGAGUACUUCGAGUCAAAUGCCAAACCUUCCGAAGGCAAGAAGAAAAAGAAGAAGGGCGGCAAGAAGAAGAAGGAGUCGGCACCGGAUAAGUCAGAAUUUUCGGAUAUUCCAACGGAUCUGUUGUCGGAUGCUCAAGAGAAGAGGAAAAAAGAUAUUUGGUGAUGUGAAGGUUGCGGCUAAGGAUGAAACUAG